CUUCCCGGCGCCCCGCUGCAGCCGCAGUGGCCGUCGAUUGCGGAGUCCGACUUUCACCAGACCAACCAGACUGGCGAGCCGUGGCCACCAGACCGACACAGGCCCCUCGUACGGCCGUAGACCCCUCCUAACACCAUAGAUCCCUCUUACCACCAUCUCUCGCACCCUCUCCGGCCCUCACACCCUCCCUCUCCCUUCCCUCUCCUACCCAGCCUCCUCGUCCAUCGUACCAGGGUGUGCGCGCACCACGAUUGAUCAUUCGGGGACUACCACCACCAAUUGACGAUCCACCACGACCUCCUCCACUACUCCCCACUACCCCCACUAAUCCAUCCCUAGACCAAUCGGCGUAGCACAUCCAUAGAACCAAAACAGCACAGCCAGAAUGUCUAAGAUUGUCCGUUCCAUCAAGAAUGUGGCCAGCGGCUAUUCAUCAGUCCAGGUGUUGGUCAGAAACGCCACCUCCAACGACCCUUCGGGACCCACCACCUACGACAUGGAAGAGAUCUCGUCGUACACCUACACGUCGCAGACAGACUUCAUGGAAAUCAUGGACAUGUUGGACCGUCGAUUGAACGACAAGGGCAAGAACUGGCGCCAUGUGGCCAAGUCGCUCACAGUAUUGGACUACUUGGUGAGAUUCGGAUCGGAAAAGUGUGUGCUCUGGUCCAAGGACAACCUCUACAUUAUCAAGACGUUGAGAGAGUUCAUCCACAUCGACGAGGCAGACAACGACCAGGGCGCCAUCAUCCGGGUCAAGGCCAAGGAGUUGGUUUCGCUCUUGCGGGACGACGAGAGAUUGAGACACGAAAGAUCGCUCGCAGCAGACGCCAAGGACGGCAGACGCUCCCGUCCUAACAGAUCCAGAAGAAACACCACCACUAGACCCCCUAGAGACCAGCCCUACGAUGAAGACUUGGAACGUGCCUUGGAAAUCUCCCGCAUAACUGCCGAAGACGAGAAACGCCGCAAGUUUGAGGACGAAAACGACCCUGACUUGGCAGCUGCCCUCAAGUUGUCCAUGGAAGAAGAGGAAAUGAGAAAGCAGAGCCACCUGCAGAACCAAAACUUGUUGGACUUGGAUGACGGUCCCCAACAACAGUACGCCAUCAACACCGGUUACUACCAACCUCAACAAUUCUAUGUCCAGCAAUCCCAGCCCCAGCAACAGUAUGACAUGUUUGGAAACCCUAUACAAAACCCAAUUGCCACCGGCUUGUAUCAACAACAAACUUUCCAGCCUGAUUACCAAUACCAGCAACAGUUGGCUCAACAACAGUAUGCCCAGCAGCAACAACAGCAACCAUUCCAGCAGCAACAACCCCAAUUCACCGGCUUCAACUUCGGUCAAUCGCAACAACAGCAACAACCCCAGCAGUCUUUGCAGCCAUUGAAGACAGGAAACAACAAUCCAUUUGCGAUGUCGUCCGACCGCCCACAAAGCCAGCCACAAUCCCAAUCAUUGAACGAAUUAUCGGACAAAAACCAAUUCCAACAACAACCUCAGCAGCCUCAGCAGCCUCAACAAUCUCAACCCCAAUUUUACACCCAGCCCACGCAACUCAAACCCCAAAAUACCUCAUCUUCGAAGUUCAACGAUUCUACUCAUUCAGAAUUGAACAAUUUAUUGGCCCAAGGUACUGGUAUUGACACCUUUGGUAACACUGGAGCUAAUAGAAUUCCUCACCAACACACACAAACUCAGAAUUUUAUAAACUCAAGCGGUACAGGUUACAAGCAACAACUGAAUGAAGUGAGAUUGAGCUCCAACGCCACAGGAAAUCCAUUCUUGAAUGUUGGAAUCGGUUACCAAGGACAACCUCAACAGCAGCAACAACAGCAACAGCAACAGCAAUCUAUUAAUCCAGCAUACACUGGUUAUGGAUUUGGUAACCAACCAAACACUCAAAAGAGGAACGACGGUCCUAGCUUGAUAGAUAUUUGAGUUAUACAUAUAGACUAUCUCUUACUUUGGUAACGGACCCAUUCCCAGCGAUCAAUCCUAGAGAUUGGUCUGAAAAUCUUUUCUUCUUCGUAUCAUCUAUACAGUUUUUGUGAGUAAAUGUAUUACAAUCAAACAGCUUCUUGACCAGUACCAACCCCUUGGCAAUUGUAACAUGAUAAUAUAGGCUACAA